GCCGGAAGUGACGUUUACAGUAAGUGGCAAGCUAGUUUAGCAAAGAAGUCAACCGGAAAUUUGGACUGGAAGGGAUGGAGGCUGUGUACCACAGCUGUUUUCCAAUUUAAACUACUUGGAAUCAUAAAACCACUGACAUUCCCUUCGUGACACAGGGGUCAAAGGUCAGGCUGAGUCACCAUGGAGUCCAUGCUGAACAAGCUCAAGAGCACUGUCACCAAGGUGACGGCCGACAUGACCAGCGCCGUCAUGGGCAACCCGGUGACGCGUGAAUUUGAAGUGGGCCGUCACAUUGCCAGUGGCGGGCCCGGCAUGUGCUGGAGGAUCUACAACGGAACCAAGAAGUCAACCAAACAGGAGGUGGCUGUGUUUGUGUUUGAUAAAAAGAUGGUGGAGAAGUAUCAGAAGUUUGACAAGGACCAGAUCAUUGAGUCUCUGAAGAGAGGUGUGCAGCAGCUCACCAGACUGCGUCACCCUCGUCUGCUCACUGUCCAGCACCCACUGGAGGAGUCGAGGGACUGCCUGGCGUUCUGUACAGAGCCAGUGUUUGCCAGUCUGUCCAAUGUGCUGGGUCAGUGGGACAACCUGCCCAGCCCCGUGCCCACAGACAUCAAGGACUACAAGCUGUAUGACGUGGAGACCAAGUAUGGCCUGUUGCAGAUCUCGGAGGGCUUGUCAUUCCUACACAGCGGGGUGAAGAUGGUCCAUGGGAACCUGUGUCUGGAGAACGUCAUCCUCAACAAGAGCGGAGCCUGGAAGAUCAUGGGCUUUGACUUCAGCAUCUCCUCCACCAACCCCUCCGAUGCCGAGCCCAAGUAUUCCUGUAAGGAGUGGGAGCCCAACCUGCCGCCGCUCUGCUUGCCCAACCCAGAGUAUCUGGCCCCCGAGUACAUCCUGUCGGUGAGCUGCGACGCCGCCUCGGACAUGUACUCGCUGGGCGUGGUGAUGCACGCCGUCUUCAACGAGGGCAAGCCAGUGUUCCAGGUCAACAAGCACGACAUCUUCAAGAGCUUCAGCCGACAGCUGGACCAGCUCAGCAGACUGAGCCCCACCAUGUUGAAUAAGAUUCCUGAGGAGGUGAGAGAGCACGUCAAGAUGCUGCUGAGUGUCACGCCCAACGUCCGGCCUGACGCUGACCAGAUGACCAAGAUCCCCUUCUUUGAUGACGUGGGGGCGGUGACGCUGGCCUACUUUGACUCCCUCUUCCAGAGGGACAACCUGCAGAAGUCCCAGUUCUACAAAAACCUGCCCAAGGUCUUGCCCAAGCUACCCAAGAGAGUGGUGGUGUAUCGUAUCCUCCCAGCCCUCACCUCAGAGUUUGUGAACCCAGACAUGGUGCCAUUCGUCCUGCCCAACGUGCUGCUGAUCGCCGAGGAGUGUACCAAGGACGAGUAUGUCAGACUCAUCCUGCCGGACCUCAGCCCUGUGUUCAAGCAGCAGGAGCCUGUCCAGAUCCUGCUGAUCUUCCUACAAAAGAUGGACCUGCUGCUGACCAAGACCCCACCAGAGGACAUUAAGAACAGCGUUCUGCCCAUGGUCUACAGAGCCCUGGAGGCCCCCUCCAUCCAGAUACAGGAGCUGUGUUUGAACAUAAUCCCUACCUUCGCCAACCUGAUUGAGUAUCCCUCCAUGAAGAACGCACUCAUCCCCCGCAUCAAGUCUGCCUGUCUACAGACCUCCUCACUUGCAGUGAGGGUGAACUCCCUGGUGUGUCUGGGGAAGAUUCUGGAGUACCUGGACAAAUGGUACGUCAUUGACGAGAUCCUUCCCUUCCUGCAACAGAUCCCCUCCAGAGAACCAGCCGUACUCAUGGGGGUUCUAGGGAUCUACAAGUGUACCUUCUCCCAUAAGAAACUGGGCAUCCCCAAAGAGCACCUAGCCGCCAAGAGUCUGCCUCACCUAGUCUCGCUCAGUAUAGACAACAACCUCAACCUCAAUCAGUUCAACUCCUUCAUGGCUGUGAUCAAAGACAUGCUGACUCGUAUGGAGGCAGAGCACAAGACCAAACUGGAGCAGCUACACAGCAUGCAGGAACAACAGAGGAGUAUGAAUAUUAAUACCAGUCAGACCAACCAAUCGGAAGAGACGAAGCGCACCCCCAGCCCUGGCAACCAGAUUGAUGAUGUCUUUGGAGGGAGUGCAGGGGUUAAUGGGAACACGAACGGAUCGGCAUCAGCUCCCCAACUCAACAGAAUGUCUCUGACUCUGGAGGAGAAGCAGCGGUUAGCCAAGGAGCAGGAACAGGCAGCCAAACUAAGAAACCAGCCAGCACUAGCCCCCCAGAGUAUCAAACCAGCUACUCCUUCUACCCAGGCCAAGGACCUGACCAGCUGCCUGCUGAACAAUAUGACAUCCCUGGGCAGCCUGUCCCUCACCUCUCCCCCCAGACCAGGCCUCAUCCAGGGCAGCACCAUCUCAGCCUACCCCUCCACCACACCCAUGGGCUCUAUGGCCAGCAACGGCUACAACCCAACCAUGGGCUUCCAGACAGGUGGGCAGGGCAUGCGGCCCCCUGGCCCCGGUCUCUACGGAGGGAUGGCCACCACCACCAGCACCCCUAACUUUGGCGCCCUGACCCACAACCAAGGGAGUACCAACACCCCUGACAUGUCUGCCCUGGACUCCUUAUUCACUUCCAACAAGCCCAAAGUCAGCCUCAACCAAAUGGCUCCACCCAAGCUCACCCCUGGGACCACCGCCACCCCCUGGCUUAAUCAGUUUGGUUCAGCCCAGCCCAGUCAGACUGCCCCGAUGCAGGGUGCGCCAUUAGCCAUGGGAGGGGUGACCAGCGGGUUCGGGAUGCAGGCCAACCCUUUCUUCAGCCCGCAGAACUUCUCUCAGCCCACGGCCGCUCCCGUAAUGAACGCGGGUGGUGGGCUCAGACACAGUUCGUCCGUCAACAACGACCUGAAAGACCUAUUUGGUUGAAAACAACUUUCCCCUCUUUUAAUGACGACAGACUGGUGAAAAAGGGAGGUGGACUUUUGAACUGCUAACAAGAAGAAAGAAAAAUCCACUUUUUGGACCGACUGUGAAAAUGAUGAUGAAAUUCACUUGAUAUUUGUUGCUAUUUGUAUUUUAAUCUUCUGUGGUUUGGGUUGCAGUGUGGUUCUUCUAAGCUCCCAUCGGACUGAAGACUCAACUUUUCAAUCUGCACGUGGAUUCCAAACCGUCUUGACUAGAGAGAGAGAGAGAGUAAAAGACACUUGCGUUGUGUUCUGCUCUCAGUAAUGUUUGUGGGGGUUUCAUAUCGUUUCUUACCUGAGACACUUUGAGGUGAAAGGUUUAUUCUAGAAUGCAUCUCUUCUCCAUAAUCCCUGUUCUAUGUGCUAGGAUGCAUCUCUUCUCCAUAAUCCCUGUUCUAUGUGCUAGGAUGCAUCUCUUCUCCAUAAUCCCUGUUCUAUGUGCUAGGAUGCAUCUCUUCUCCAUAAUCCCUGUUCUAUGUGCUAGGAUGCAUCUCUUCUCCAUAAUCCCUGUUCUAUGUGCUAGGAUGCAUCUCUUCUCCAUAAUCCCUGUUCUAUGUGCUAGGAUG